CAUCGCUACCAUCGCUACAUCUCCCGACUCAUUCCCGUUCAUUCGAAUAUGUGCAUCGUACAUCCACUGGCGAUGAUAGUCUGACAUCGCGGACAUGCUCGUGUUGUGUACAUACAAAAGGUAGUAGCAUCGAUAUACCUGCUCGGCUGGUGAUCUUUCGUGGGCAGCGAUUUUCACAACGCGCGGUGUUCAUUUCAGUAUGUGCUUAGAUUCCGACGCGAUUAUUUGGAAGGAUUGGGUCAGCUGAAGAAAAAGAAGGUGCCAUUCAGCUUCGUGACUCGCCUUCUGCUCAACUCGACGUCUACGUGCCAGUCAAGGAGAAGUGCCGUGAAAGUGAAUGCGAAUAAUAAUCGUCGCGAGACCGCCGCCGUCGUCGUCAUUGUGUGUAUAAAGUGUUGACGUGUAGAUUUCCUAGUGGAUUUCCCAAUAUGUACCGCUGGUCGAGACGGCUUGAACCGAGAUCGGUGUGAAUUAGGAGUAUACCGAAUUAGUGUGAUAACGCCAUUCGAAUGCAUAGUAUCGCAAAAAAGUAUCUGAAUGAAAGUGUAAAACCAGUGAAUGAGCCCAACGUGAGCCGUGUUAUAUUGAAUAACAAAUUUUAUGUGGAAGCUAGUGUAUAAAUAAAAACAGUGUCUGGUCAAGCAGCAACAAAUGAAUGUAGCGACAAUGUCAGUGUCAAUGGCACCAAAAGGGCGCAGAGUAUCUUCCGGUCAUUUACACCGGUUCCAGUGGUUUAUCAUAAGUUUUGUAGCGCUGCUUAGUGUCGUGAAUUAUACAACCAGUGGAUACUUUUACAACGAAGGAGAUGAUUCCAGCAAAGACAGAUUUUGCUUUUGUCAGCUUCAGGGAACGAUCGACGACUGCAGCUGCAACGUGGACACCGUCGAUUUCUACAACAACGUCAAGAUCUUCCCCCGGUUGCGCAGUCUUCUAGUCAAGGACUUCUUCCGUUACUACAAGGUGAAUCUCAUGAAGGAAUGCCCGUUCUGGGUGGACGACAGCAAGUGCGCGAUGCGGUUCUGCCACGUGGAACAAUGCGAAGAAAAAGAUAUCCCACCGGGACUGAAGGGGGACGUGUCGUCUUAUCACAAGUACCUCAAGGAAGUGCAAACACUGACGAAUUGCAACGAAGAUCUCGACGUGGAACUUGGAUAUCUAAACACCAGCAUCAGUGACAAAGCGCACAAAGAAUUCAAAAAGUGGGCCGAUUAUGACGAAGCUCAGGAUAACUUUUGCAUAUCGGACGAUCACGAACCGGGUGCGGAGUAUGUGGAUUUGCUGUUGAAUCCGGAAAGAUAUACUGGUUAUCGAGGAGAGUCAGCUAGGAGGAUUUGGAGCAGCAUAUAUUUGGAGAACUGCUUUCAGUCGCACUCCAUCCGACGUAAGAACCCAUAUGCAGCAAUGAUCCCGUACCACGAUAUGACCCAGAAUGAAGUUUGCCUCGAGCAUCGUGUCUUCUAUCGGAUGAUCUCCGGUCUGCACUCGAGUAUUAAUAUCCAUCUCUGCGGCAACUAUUUGCUAUCGGAAAAAUCUUCCAUGGGAUUUGUGUCCCCCACCGGAGUGUGGGGUGCCAACAUGGAAGAAUUCGAACGCCGUUUCAGCCCUCAGACAACCGACAACGAGGGGCAGCACUGGCUGCGGAAUCUGUACUUUGCGUAUCUGGUUGAGCUGAGGGCGUUGGCCAAGGCGGCCCCGUACCUGCGCAAUGAGGAAUACUUCACCGGUCGGGAUAAAGAGGAUCGCGAAGUGAGGGUUGCGGUAAAAGAUUUGCUCAAUGUGAUCGAGAGUUUCCCAUCGCAUUUCAACGAAUCGGUCAUGUUCAGCGGAGGAACUUCGUCGGUGAAGGUUAAAAACGAGUUCCGGGAGAAAUUCAUGAACAUUUCCAAGAUCAUGGAUUGCGUUGGCUGUGAUAAGUGUCGACUGUGGGGAAAACUACAGGUGCAAGGAAUGGGAACAGCGUUGAAAAUACUGUUUUCCGGAAAGUUUGAUGAUGAUAUGGAUUCGAACUUACAAACUAAACUGAAACCAGACAACUCCCAGUUUAAGCUCAAAAGAGCGGAAAUAGUAGCUUUGUUCAAUGCAUUCGGAAGACUUUCCACCAGCAUACAUGAAUUGGAGGAAUUCCGGCAGCGAAUGCGGUGAGCCACAAGCAGCUUUGUGAUAUGUUCCAACUAUAGUUAAAUCAAUCAAUUACCAGACUGGCAGUGAACAGAAAACAGUGAUACAGGUGCUUACAAUGCAAUGGUAUAAUACAGCUACAUAUAAUACCCUGGAGGGAGUCAAUUGAAGAGGGUCGACAGGCAAUCAAACGCUCAAGUGUCGCAGCUCUGCGGAUGUAGGCAAUGCGAACGAACGCAUUUUACAAUUUAGAACAAGCGCAAGGUCGCGCUUCGUUUUCUAGGUUUAGUGAGCGGGUCCUAACUUAAACUUGCUAGUAAUUGAUGUGUGUAAUUGUUGUUAGAGAAAAUGGAUGUAUGUAAGUAAUUUAUACAAAGACAGAUAUUAUUGGUUUUGUAAAUAAAUUGUUCCUUUUUUACACAAA